UAACAGUGACGUCCACACGAGACUUCUGUCCUUCUAAUCGAGUACUGCUUUUGUAAACACGCAGUUUACCCAGACAUAAACUAUAAUACAUCGCAAAUGACAGGGUUGUUGUUUAAUUCACAUUACUCUGUGAUAAGAGCCAGUUAGGUCAUGCGGUGUUAAUAUGUCAGCUGUACAGUUAGUCAUUGUCUUGGCAGUGAAACGGGCUCGAAGUGCAAACUGUGCACAUAUUAACAGAAGCCAGCGUCUCUCACACGCUGCCGAUGCGCCUGUCUCCAGCUUCUCUAGCGGCUGCUCUGUGGACUGUGCGAGAACAGAUCAGGAUGUCAUCAUCACUUCCUGUGGCCGCAGUUUGUCAGAUGACCGCCACCCCUGACAAAGAGGCCAACUUCAGUGCUUGUACGCGAUUGGUCGAGCAAGCCAAAGAGGGCGGGGCUAGCAUGGUGUUCCUGCCGGAGGGCUUCGAUUACAUCGGCUCGAGCCGCGAGGAGACGCUGGCGCUCUCGGAGAGUCUGGACGGUGACAUCAUAACCCGCUACACACACCUGGCCAGGAAGCUGGACUUGUGGCUGUCUCUGGGUGGAUUUCAUGAGAGAGGACAUGACUGGAAAACAGACCGCCGCAUUUAUAACAGCCACGUUAUCAUCAACGGGAAAGGUGAGGUCGUGUCGGUCUACAGGAAAGCUCAUUUGUUCGAUGUGGAGUUGACCAGUAAAGGUGUGUCUCUUAAAGAGAGCGCUUUCACAGUGGCGGGACCUCGACUGCUCCCGCCGGUCCAGACGCCCAUCGGGAAGGUCGGUCUGGGCGUCUGCUAUGACCUGCGUUUCCCUGAGCUGUCGUCAGCGCUGCAGAGACACGGAGCCGAGAUCCUGACGUUCCCAUCAGCCUUCACGGUGGCCACGGGAGCCGCGCACUGGGAGGUGCUUCACCAGAUCCGUCAUUCACACACUACAGACCUUAUUCAGAGCAGCGCCAUGACAGGUGCUCCUGCGGGCGAGGGCGAUCGAGACGCAGUGUUUCGUGCUGGCGGCGGCUCAGGUCGGGUCGCAUCACUCGCGGCGGGCGUCUUACGGACACGCUCUCGCGGUGGACCCGUGGGGGGUGGUGAUCGGGGACUGCGGGGGGACAGAUGUGGGCGUCGCGCUGGUGCAGAUCGACCUGCAGACGCUACGGGACGUCAGGAGGGACAUGCCAGUGCAGCAGCACCGCAGAGAGAAGGACUUUUACUGCAGCUUGGACUGAAACACCCGCUUAUGAAUAAUACACUCUCAUGCAUAGUGAUGAUGAUUCAUGACUUAUUAAUAAAUUGGACCCAGGUUGGAUUAAUGAUUUGACUACUGUGGCGCUUCAGUCGUUAGUGAAAGACUGAUCAUGACACAUGGGCUAGAAUUAGGCCAAAUGUCUUUCUCUUUAAGAGAUGAGAGCAAUUUAUUAAUAAAGAGAAAGUUAUAUGUACCAUCA